GAAUUGGCCUGUUCCGGUUCGUUCAAGGACUGAAGGAUGGCGAGGAUAGCCGACUUAAAGGUGUCAAAGACAAACCAAUGCGAUUCUGGUUCUCCUGGACAAUGCAAGGUAUUUGGGUGUUCGUGACGCUCUUACCGUUGCUCGUUCUCAACAACAGAGAGGAAGACUGUCCUCUGACAACCUGGGACUAUGUUGGUUGGGGCCUUUGGGGGCUGGGCUUCGUUUUUGAAACCGUGGCUGAUUACCAAAAGUCUGUAUUCAAGAGCAACCCAGACAAUGCGGGUAAGUUCAUAACAUCUGGGCUAUGGAGCAUAUCACGGUCCCCGGCUUAUUUCGGAGAGCUGUGUAUGUGGCUGGGAAUACUCAUCACAUCAUCAUCGGUUGUGACGUCAUUCAAGGAGAACGUGCUUGUGAUAUCGCCAUUGUUUCUGUCUUUCCUGUUGCUGCUUGCACAGGAGAAGCAACAGGGAACACAAUAUGGAACGGAUCCGAAAUUCGCUAACUAUGUGAAGCAGACGGCAAGAUUAUUACCGUAUGUUUGGUAGAAACUAUAAAGAUGUCAAAAUUAAUACCGUGUGUUUGUUAAAAACUGUGAUGUAAAAUUGUAUGGAAAAUGUACAUAUUUGUGUUGGUGUGUUAUUACGUUUUCACUUUUGGCAAAUGUUCACCCGUAUAAGAUGAGCCGUGUUCUGAGAAAACUUGGCAUAAUGCAUGUGCGUUAAGUGCUGUCCCAGAUUAGCCUGUGCAAUUCGCACAGGCUAAUCAGGGAAGACACUUUCCUCUUUAAUGGUAUUUUUCGUUUAAAUGAAGUUCAUUUUUACCGAAAAUUUAGUUUAUGCGGAAAGUGUCGUCCCUGAUAAGCCGGUGCGGACUGCACAGGCUAAUCUAGGACAACACUUUACGCACAUGCAUGAUGCCCAAUUUUCUCAGAACAAGACUCAGAUGACCUGUCGCAAGUAACACAUUUCUCCCUACCUCUAAGGUAACACUUUGAGGUCAUAGGUCAAAUUUGUCCAUGAAACAGAUUGUUCCAACUAUAACUUCAUCAUUUAUAACACAAUUGAAAAUUAUUAAGCACACAAUUGAAUAUAAUUAAGCACACAUGUUCACAAUAAUGAGACUGUGCGGGAUAUGCAACAACUGUAACCAAACCUAAAAGGUCUUGGUCAAACAUGAAGGUCAAAGGGUAUGUUUGCCUAUUAAACAGCCUUGUCCACACUGUAAUUUUAUCAUUCAUCAUUUAGAAUAAUUUACCAACAAUGUAAACCAAGUGGAGAAACUGUUAACCAUUUGUUAAAGGUCAGGGUCACACUAAAUGUCAAAAGUCAAACAUGUGCAUGGUUUAGCUUUUUAGAUAUUUACAAACAUGAUUGACAACAUGCAUCUAGUUUAAAAGGUUGUGAUUAGUUUUCGUGUUUGUUUUGGCGGUAUAAAUUAGGCAUGGACUUUAAUUAAAUUCAAUGAGUGCAAUAAAGAAUGAAACACUCAGUUUGUUAGUGUAAUGAAUACCUCAGGAAAACUACAUUUGUUGUAUAUACUUGUGUCUAUGUUGUGAUUAUAUCCAUUAUAUGUGUAUUUUGAUGCUUGUAAA